AUGAAGUUCAUCUCCGCCUCAAUCGCCCUUGUUCUCUCUCUUGCUAUGCUUGCAGCGGCUUCGCCUGUUGAGCUAGACAAGAGGGCAUGCACCGUGAAGAAAUGCGCCGCUGCAGACCCGGGAAAGUGCUGCCCCGAUAAAUAUGGAUUCUGCAAUACCGAUACCAAGGAAUGCCAUUGUGGAAAGGAUUGCUUUAAGUCUUAA